AUGGCCCUCGUCCCCGUCGACACCUCUCUGCAGGUGCCUCCCCCAGACCCCGUCGAGAAGACCCCCGAUGUGAUUGUCACCCCCUGCGAUCCGUGGCCUGCGCCGUAUUACAUGGAACGCGGAUUGCGUCGUGUCCGUCCCUAUCACUACACUUAUAACACAAACUGCAAGGAGCGAUGGCGGGGUAAAAGACUGGAGGAUAUCUUUACCUCUGAAUUCCGAGACCGGGCGCCAGAUUACUAUAGGGCGGCACUCGAUAAUGGUCUGAUCUGUGUCAACGGCAAGCCCGCUGGCCGAGAUACCAUCAUCAAGAACGGCCAGGUCGUCUCGCAUACCACCCACCGCCACGAACCCGCAGUGACCAGUGCUCCCAUCGGUAUUAUCCACGAAGACGAUGACUUGAUUGUCAUUGACAAGCCAGCCGGUGUGCCCGUCCACGCCGCUGGUAGAUACCACUACAACUCGAUCGUUGAGAUUCUUCGCGCCGAGCGAGGCCAUGACUGGGUUCCUAGACCGUGCAAUCGGCUGGACCGAUUGACAUCGGGAAUCAUGUUCAUUGGAAAACAUCCCAAGGGAGCAGAGAAAAUGGCGGGGGCUUUGCAAGCGCGAACCGUACAAAAGGAGUAUGUCGCCCGAGUCAAGGGCAAGUUCCCCGACGGCGUGGUGGUGUGUGACCAGCCCAUCAUGCAAGUGAGUCCAAAGCUGGGCUUAAACCGUGUGCGUGCCACGGGCAAGUCGGCCACAACCAAGUUCCGCCGUCUGGCCUAUUAUCCUCCUCAGGCGGCGGUCGCCUCUGCUGAGAAGCAUGCUACAUCUGGAGAUCGGGCGGUGACUCCUCCACCGAUUCUCGCCAACGAGGACGAAGGGUUCAGUAUCGUUCACUGUUUCCCCCUGACUGGACGGACGCAUCAGAUUCGGGUGCACCUCCAGUUCUUGGGUCAUCCAAUCACCAAUGACCCGAUUUACUCGAACCGUCGCGUCUUUGGACCAGAGCUUGGCCGCAAUGAGACGAGCGGUGACCGUGACGACGAAAUCAUGGAGCGACUCCACCGCAUGGGUAAGACAGAAGUCGCCGACACCGUCUCAUACCGCACUCACUUGACCGCUGCGCCGAACGUCCCCCCAGGCACCGACCCCGCCAUCCUAGCAGAAAUCAUGUCUCGGGAGCAGCAAGCUGCCUCGGACGAGUACGAGAAGCGCAAGGGCGAGCGUCUUUCCGGCAAGUUCUGUGAUGUCUGCGGAACGGAGCUGUAUACCGACCCAGGUCCUCACGAGCUUGGCAUCUUCCUGCACGCCGUAGCUUACGCUGAUCGUGAUGGCAACUGGAGUUACCGCAGUCCAAUGCCCUCCUGGGGUCUCCCACCUCCAGGAUCGGAGGGGCCUCGUGAAGUUCCAGACUGGGUGCCUGUUCCAAAGAGUGAGGAAAUUGUGUUUGGCCAUGGCACUGUUCCUCCAGAGAUUGGUGUUGAUGAUGAGAAGGAGCAGCGGAAGCCCAUCUCUAGCACGGUGCUCUUGACGGGUGUUGGGAUGGUUGACUUUUCGGACCCGAGGCAUGGGUUGAACGGUGAUGUUUCUCAGCUGAAGGAGACGGAAAUAGCAACAGCACCUUCUUCAACCCCUUGA